UUUCACCUCACUUAUGAGGUAAUUCAACCUGAUUUGUGUUUAACUUAACUCAAGUAUAAAAAGUAAAUUAAAAUGCCUUCACGUUUUGAUCAUGAAUUAAACAAAAACACCACCAACGGCAUAACACUCCAAUAAAAAGAAUCUAAAACAGAUAAUAGGGAUUUGGGCAAACACAUUCUUCCCUUUCUAAUCCCCCUACGAGGAACCAAGACAAGGGCGUACCUUAAGACCUUACCUAUACACCGGAGGAUAACUUCAAUUGUAUUUUAAUGUAAGAGGACGCACACUACUGCUUUUUAGGCGGAACGUUUUUUGUUAAAGCAGGCGAUGAGCUUAUUAUUUGGGUUUGUACUUUCCACUCCUGGUAGGGUGGCUGGCCCUUUAAGAGUCGUGUGUGUCGGAAACUUUCUUUGUAUGAUGUCAAUGGGAGACCUGUAGGCGGCUACAUCUGCAAUAACAAGUGAGCUUAAUGCCGGCUCCUAGCGCACGAGAGAUUGGUGUUGGGUGGCAAUUAAAGGGGCAUAACGUGGCCGCUUGGUAUCUUCCCAAAUCGGAUGUUACUACUCUGAGGUUUUGUCGAAAGUUUGGUCAAGUCCUUCUGUGCUCGGACCUGAGGCUUAAAACAAAGUGAAGUACAGAGGGUUUUGCAGCUAAACCAGCCACACCACUGAAAAUGAAGAAUGAUGCUUGUUGGGGAUUUCAAGCAGUUUACAGAACAACAGUCUACCUUCAAGGUGCUGAAACCCUGGUGGGAUGUCUUCACAGAGUACAUUAGUGUGGUUAUGAUGAUGAUUGGUGUGUUUGGAUGCACACUUCAGGUUACACAGGAUAAGAUCAUAUGUCUUCCCAGCCAUGUCUCUGCCAAGCAUAUAUCAGAAAUAAUCUGCCAUGAAUUCAGUAAACAGACUCCUAAUUCCACAAAUUCAACUUUGCCAAUGUCAUCUGUCCAAGAAAUGAAGGGUUUGAAAACUAAUUUAGACCUUCAGCAAUAUAGCUACAUCAACCAAAUAUGUUACCAGCAGGCACUGCACUGGUAUGCCAAGUAUUUCCCUUACUUGGUGGUUAUUCAUACACUAAUCUUCAUGGUCUGUGGAAAUUUUUGGUUCAAGUUCCCUGGUACUAGCUCCAAAAUUGAACAUUUUAUUUCCAUUUUGCGGAAGUGCUUUGACUCUCCCUGGACCACUCGUGCAUUGUCUGAGGUUUCGGGGGAGAAUCAGGAAGAUCAGGAAAUCAGCUUUACCAAAAGUGCUGAAGUCUCAAAGGUCAGCCCUACUUCAGAUGCUGAAGAAAUCAAGCUUGUCAAAACACCUUCUGUUGUUUCCAUACCGGAGAAAAUUGUAGCAGAUAAAUCAACUGCCUUGGAUAAAAAAGAAGGAGAACAAGCCAAAGCCCUUUUUGAAAAAGUAAAAAAGUUCAGGCUUCAUGUAGAGGAAGGGGACAUUUUGUAUAGCAUGUAUGUUCGUCAGACUGCUCUAAAGGCCUUCAAGUUUGUUUUGAUAAUUGUUUACAAUGCAGUAUUAGUUCCAAAUAUUAUUUUCACUGUGCCCUGUCUAGUUCAGGUUGAGGAUAUGACUGGAUAUAGUAGCUUCUGCUGCAGCCAUACUAAAGCUCAUUUCUUCUUUAAGUUAGCUAUUUGCUACAUGUGUUUUGUAGGUGUCUAUGGGCUCACAUGCAUCUAUACCCUUUAUUGGUUAUUCCACCGACCAUUGAAGGAAUACUCAUUUGAAUAUGUACGCCAAGAAUCUGGAAUCAGUGACAUUCCUGAUGUAAAGAAUGACUUUGCAUUCAUGCUUCACCUUAUUGAUCAGUAUGACUCACUGUAUUCAAAGAGGUUUGCAGUUUUUCUGUCAGAAGUGAGCGAAAAUAAGCUAAAGCAGCUGAAUCUUAACCAUGAGUGGACUGCUGACAAACUGAGGCAGCGACUUCAAAAAAACAGCUAUAAUCGAUUAGAGCUCCAUUUGUUCAUGCUUCCUGGGCUGCCUGACCCAGUUUUUGAGGUAACCGAGAUGGAGUCUCUAAAACUUGAAUUAAUAAAGGAUAUUACAAUCCGUCCGGCAGUCUCUCAGUUGGUCAAACUGGAGGAGUUGUCUUUGCAUAACUGCCCUGCAAAAUUACAUAUGGCAUCAUUAAUAUUUCUAAGAGAGAAUUUAAAAGUUCUCACAGUUAAGUUUGACACCUACAAAGAAGUUCCUCUUUGGAUUUACAGUCUCAAGAACCUGGAAGAGCUUUACCUUUCCGGGUCACUAUAUCAAGACAUUUCCAGAUCAGUUUGUCUUGAAAGUCUCCGAGAUUUAAGGAAUCUUAAAGUCCUGGGUCUAAAAAGCAACAUUGCCAAAGUUCCACCAAAUGUUGUUGAUGUGGCAGGUCAUCUCCAAAAACUAAGUAUCCAAAAUGAUGGCACUAAACUUGUCACACUGAACAGUCUUAAGAAACUCAGUAGCUUGACCAAACUAGAACUUAUUCAUUGCAACUUGGAGAGAAUUCCGCAUGCCGUUUUUAGCUUGAGUAAUCUCCAGGAGGUGGACCUGAAGGAAAAUAAUAUAAGGUCUGUGGAGGAAAUCCUCAGUUUCCAACACUGCAACAAACUGACUUGCCUUAAACUGUGGCAUAACAAAAUUGCUUUCAUCCCAGAACAUGUUAAGAAGCUCAAGAAUUUAGAGUCUCUUUAUUUAAGUAAUAACAAGAUAAUGGUGCUGCCCUCUCAGCUGUUCCUUUGCACAAAGUUAAGAAAUUUGGAUUUGUCCAACAAUGAGAUUAGAGCUAUUCCUCAUGAAAUUGGUGUUCUGCAAAACCUCCAGUACUUUGCAGUUUCAAAUAAUGCAAUAGAAGGGUUACCUGAUGAGCUUUUCUUCUGUAAAAAGCUGAAAACAUUAAAGGCUGCAAACAACAGACUUACUGUUCUUUCCCCAAAGGUUGCAAAUCUAAAGUUAUUGACAAAACUUGAGCUCAAGGGGAACCAGUUUGAAGCUCUGCCCCUUGAGAUUGGUGAGUGUUCCAGUCUCCGAAGAAGUGGCCUUGUUGUUGAGAACACACUUUUCACCAUGCUGCCUUUGAACAUUCGAGAGCAAAUGACUGAGGAGCAAUCCUAAACGAAGUAUGGGGAUGUUGAAGCUGAAAGCCAAAAUCAGUUGUAGUGUUUCCAAAAACAACCAGAUCUAAAAAAAAAUGAUCCAUUUUCAAAAGGACACUGAUUAGAAGUACACAAGAUCCUUAACAGGGUUCAAUAAGUGACAUCCAUUAGUUCUGUACUAUGAUGGCCAUUUUCUGUGACAUGCUGUGAUGCAGCUUUCAUUGUUUUUGAUGAUCACAGAUUACUGGCAGACUAAGUUAGGGAUUAGAAGUUAAUUUGAUGAACAUCUGCACUCUGUGUAGUUAACACUGGAAAUAGCUGCAUAAAGUUCAGACCUCUAAAUUAAUUGUUUUUUGGCAUAAUUUUAAACAGGUGCUGGAGUAAGUAAAACUAUAAGUGAGAUUAAGCGCUUCCAGUUAAUGGUUUGAUUAGUUGUUGAAAAGCUUGCUUUGGUUGAGGUGCUUAGCAGAUGUGCAGCUAAAGCUGAUUGCUCUCUCAUGAUGUGGGAAUCUACAUUACCUGUUAAGCAGCCAUUUUAUGCAGUCUUGACACGUAGCUAGAUUUAUUGGAAGACUUUCUAGUAAAUGUGUCAAUAUUCUACGAAAUGACUUUUUCAAAGGGUAAUUACUAUAUAAACUGCUUGAAACCAACAGCACUACUCCUAGAUAUGAAAAAGCAGAAUUGUUAACCUUUCAUUUGGUUUGGACUAUUGCUUUUUCAUAUGUAGAUGGUAUCCUCCUCUUGAUUGUUUUAGAAUUCUAAUCAACACAUUUAUAAUUUAGAUACAUAAUAUCAGGAUAUCAGGACCAGUGCGAGCAGAGAAAUAACCUAUGUUUCAGUACCGAUAGGUGCAAAAUUGUAUUUAUUGGUACAUGAUUUGGAAGGACCAUGUGGAAUGAAAACCGUUCCAGAUGCCAGUUUCCUUAAACUUCUACAAAAUUAUGAAAAGCAGUUUUGUGAGUAAGCUAUAUACUGACAUUGUAUUCUGUAUUAUUUUUAUAGAAAAUGACUGUGGCAUUUUUAGAACCACAUUUUUGCAUAGAUAUGCUGACAAGGAUGGAAUUUUUUCAAACUUUUCAGAAUUCUAAUCUGACUUUAUUUAGGCAGCACUCAUCAAAUAUGUAUAGUAAAGUAAGUCCAAAAGAAAUAGCAAAAAAUUGAAUUUCCAAGGAAUCACUCCCACCUCUUAGAUUGCAUGUACAACUAAAGUUAAAUUUAAAUUUUCUUUUUUCUUACUAUCGUAUGGCAUUGCCAUGGCAUUGAGUAGUCAGUUGAUUUUGGAAGGUUUCAACAUCUGAUUUUGGAGGGUUUCAACAUCUGAUGUAGGUAAAUUUAGAACAAUUUCAGAGGAUGUAUUGCGGUCAUGUGGUUUGAGGUAGUGUUUGGUGGGUCAUAUCCCAUACUAGUCACAUGUCCUCGCCUCUUGGGCAUUUGUGUACAUCUGACAUUAAACUUAAUACAUUACAUUAUGAAGAGGAUGAUGCUGAUGGAGACAGAAGGGUUUUAGAAUUGUAUUCCACCUUACAAAAUGUAGCCCCUUUCCUUCUUCCUCCUCCAGUUAUAGCCCCCUUUACCUAAGAUAGUAGAUUUUUAGAAAAGCAUACGUUUUUAAUGCCAAGAAACGGCUACUAAAUAUGAUAGAACUUUAUGUAAAAUGUAAAUUUUAGCAUGUCUUAUUUCACAAAAAUGAAGAAAUUAUUCCCCCAAAAUGUAUGGUAAUGUGUGCAAGUUGUGCAUACUUGGCCACACCUCCUAAAUGGGGGAAGAUGUAAGGGAAUAGACAGAUCUAAUUGGGAGAAGAUAUAAGGCAAUCAACAGAUCUGGUGGGGGGGUGUAUGGAAAUUGACAGAUCUAAUGGGGGAGAUGUAAGGGAAUUGACAGAUCUAAUGAUAGAGGAUGUGAAAAAAGUUAUCACAUGGCCACAUGACAGUAACAUCCAAUUACACAGUAGUAAGACCAGUUUUAUGAUUUUAGGAAAUUAAAAAAACUCUCAGCUAAAUUGAGAAUGAGCCAUCAAAUGUUGGAAGGUCAGACUGGACUUUGGGGUGUGGGAUUAGGUUUAUCCUCUGACAUUUAUCCUCUGAAUGUCACAAAUAAUUUUAUUUUGAACAAACAGCAUACGAGAGUACAUAUUUUAGGUUUUGACUUCCAGACCAUUGCAAAUGAUCAUUGGUGACAAAUAAGUCAGUAAUAAUCUUGAGAAGUUCUUGAAUUUACUGUAGAGUAAAGUUUCGAACAAACAAAACAAGGUGGAGAAAAUUCAAAGAAAUCCAAGAAAACAAAUCUGAACUGUAUGACCUGUUUAUUGAAUUUGAGUUUGUACUGGUACCCUCCUGCAGCAUGAGAUGGUGGAAACUAAGGUGAUGUAAAAUAUCCCACAGCACCUAUCAGAAAGAAUAGGGGAGGUACCCUGAUGAUCUGGACAAAUCUCCCCUUGUCAGUAUGAAUCACCCCUAAAAAAAGGCUGUUGGCAUGAUCAAUAAAGCAUAAAUAAAAAAUUUAAAAAUAAAA